CGUACCAGGAAGUGUUGUUGAAGACAACAACACUGCAGCUGGCUGGUCAGCAUACAAGCGUCGAGCUACAUGCUACAGCAGUAACAGAAGACGUGCAAUGGUGACACGAGAGCAACAUCUAGAUCUCGUCCUGUAGAAACGCUGCGGGGUGGUUUUAACACAAAAAAGCCGGAGAAGAAGUUUCUUUAUCAUUUGCUGGUUCCACUUGGGGGAGACGGUGACAUUUCCAGGCCCACUCCGAUGUCCUCUGGCUGUCCACCCCAGUCACCAGCCGUGGCAAAGUCCGAGGUAGCAGUAGAGGGAGAAUGCCCGCUGCUGGCUGCCACCUUCGCCUACUGGGACAACAUCCUGGGUCCUCGGGUGCGCCACAUCUGGACGCCGAAGGGAGAUCAAGUGAUGUUCCUCAGCGACGGAGAGGUCACGUUUUUGGCCAAUCACACACUCAACGGGGAGAUUCUGCGCAGCGCUGAGUGCGGCGCCGUGGAUGUGAAGUUCUUUGUGCUGGCAGAAAAGGGCGUCAUCAUCGUGUCUCUCAUCUUCGACGGCGAGCUGAAGGGGGACAAGAACACGUGCGCCUUGUCCAUUAUCCUCCCACAGACCGAGCUGGCCUUCUACUUGCCUCUGCACACCAUCUGCGUGGAGAGGCUAAAGCAUGUCAUCCGCAAGGGACGCAUUUGGAUGCAGAAGGGCUACAACAUCAUCUCGGUGCUGAGCUGUGAGAUUGUCCCCAUCAUGGAGCUGUUGGCCUCCAUGAAGUCGCACAGUGUGCCGGAAGACAUAGAUAUAAAAGACACCGUGCUAAAUGAUGAUGACAUCGGGGACAGCUGCCACGAGGAUUUCCUCCACAAGGCCAUCAGCUCUCAUCUGCAGACUUGCGGCUGUUCGAUAGUGGUUGGAAGCAACCCGGAGAAAGUAAAUAAGAUUGUGCGGACUCUCUGCCUCUUCCUCACCCCGGCUGAGAGGAAGUGCUCCCGCCUCUGCAAGGCUGACUCUUCUUUUAAAUAUGACACGGGCCUGUUUGUUCAGGGUCUGCUCAAGGACUCCACAGGCAGCUUCGUCCUGCCCUUCCGCCAGGUGCUCUACUCCCCGUACCCGACCACGCACAUCGACGUGGACAUCAACACGGUGAAGCAGAUGCCGCCGUGCCACGAGCACACCUACAACCAGCGGCGCUACAUGCGGUCCGAGCUGAGCGCCCUGUGGAAGACGGACAGCGAGGAGGACAUCCCCCCCGACACGGUCAUUCACACUGACGAGACCUUCACGCCUGACCUGAAUAUAUUUCAAGACGUCAUGCAUAAAGACACUUUGGUGAAGUCUUUUAUAGAUGAGGUGUUCAUGCUGAAGCCCGGCCUGUCCCUGCGGAGCACCUACCUGGCCCAGUUCCUGCUGCUGCUCCACAGGAAGGCCCUCACGCUGCUCAAGUACAUCGAGGACGAAACGCAAAAAGGGAAGAAGCCCUUUAAAUCCCUGCGCAACCUGAAGACGGACCUGGAUCUGACGGUGGAGGGGGACCUGAACAUCGUCAUGGCCUUCGCUGAGAAGCUGAGGGCGGGGCUACACUCGUUCGUGUUCGGGAAGCCUUUCUACACCAGCAUGCAGGAACGAGACGUGCUCAUGAGCUUCUGACACCUGCACUUUUUUUUUUUUACAUAUUGGACAGUCAAUGGAAACAGAUGUCGUAUUGUCUUUGAUUUGUUUUUAUUGUUACAUCAACGCAUGCACGUGUGUAUUCUCUAGACGGCCAUUAAUGAAUACUUUGUUUCUGCUUUGCUGAAACGAAAAGAAAAGAAAAAACGUUCUGCCUUUCCCUUUUUUGUGUCUUAAUAAAUUCACGGCAUGAUUUCAAAGACUGAUUGUUAGCAAUUAUGAGCCAUUUGAAUUAAAGUUCUGAUAUAUUGCCUUGAUCAACUGUGUAGCAUAAUGUGAGUUUAGUGUUUUAAGAAAUGAUUCUCAGCCAGAUGAAUUAUUCAUGUAUUCUAUGCCUUCUGUGUUAAUUUAUGGCCUAGGAAUUGGCUGAGGUACCCUCCAGGAUAUUUGCGAUUUGAUUUCGAAAAUCAUAUUUAUUAAAACAUGAGUUAUCGGUUUCUUCGCUGCCUGUGUUUUACAAUAGCCUCAGAACCUUUUGAACUUGUGGAUUGCCUUUUUGCUUUUUUUUUUAAGAAAUACAAUGAAUGAGUCUGUGUGCUGAAUUUGAAUUGUGCAGAUAAAGUGACAUAACAAAAACAUUGUAAGUAGUCACGAAGAUUUCAUUAAAGAAUAAGACAACAGUCAAUGAAGUCUUAUCACAAUCCUUCCUGACAAAGCAGAUCUGACUGUGUCAUCAUUAAAUUAAUUCACGGA